AUGCCUGACUCAGUCGAGUCAGAAUGGUCGGAUUCAAUCCUCUCCUGCAGAACAAUGUCAUUACCCCCCUGCAACUCCCAGUGUGUCCCCGGUGAUACGACUGCUCCUACGUUCCGAGACGAUGAGCCCAGGUUCGACUCCUCGCCGACUUGCGGGUACGCCGGUAGUGCCCAAAACAUCGCCAUUGAGCGUUUGGUAAAAUUGAAGCAGGAACUCAGAGCGCUUGACUCGACAUCAUUCUGGAGUCGGCUCAUGGAGAGCGUCACUUCGAUCUGCAAUGCCCAGUAUGGCUUCGUAGCUCGCAAGGUCCGAGACCAUGAGCUCGUGAACGAGAUGGGGGAUCACAAGCCGAGUCUGUUUGGAAUUGCGUUCUAUUACAAUGACGGGCAUCAGACGGUUGGGAUGCACAGACACAGAUACUUUGCUGGGGGCAAUCUCUUGUCACAUAUGGAUCAUGAGAAACCCUGCUUGAUACCGGAGAACCUUGAAUCCCUUAGUUCUUCCUGUCCGGACAAACUCCCAUUUCCCGCGGACGGAUACUUGGCUGUGCCGCUCUUCUUUCGAACGAAGUGUAUCGCCCAUCUCGGUCUCAUGUGGUCCAAGUCUGGCCUACAGAAGCGAAAUCUACCGUGGUCAUUCCUAGAGAUGAUCCUAUAUUCGCUGGAAGAUUUGGUUGUCCAGCAGAUUCAUAAUGAUGCCGAGUGUCCGAAACACGAUCCGCAACCGAAGACAGAAGCGGCGGGCACCCUUGGAAGUGUACGAACCGUCGACAGUGUGACCCCCAGCACUGCCAAUUGCGACGCCGAGUUCACCACGCAGCCGCUCAAGCCGUAUGCUCGGAGCUUGUCCCAUGAGUUACGAACGCCAAUGCAGGGAGUUGUGGGAAUGCUGGAUGUCAUGCAUGCCACCGUACGAGAGGCCUUGCAGGCAAAAUCUUCUGCCAAAAAUCAAUCUGUCUUUCAAUCUCUCAAGGAAAGCAUUGAGAUGGUUCAAGACAGUGCAAGACGGGCGGUUGAGGCCGCAGAUAACGUCGUCCAUGCCUACGAUCUCAAUAUGCAAGUUCCCAAAACACCCCAGCGGGAGCGGGAGAGCGAUCCGUUUAGUGGCCUUGUCCAGUCCCCGAUUGAAAGUCUGCCAAACAUCUUCACCGAAGGCAGCAACCCAUACAAGCGGCGGCGGAGCAAUCCCGCUGACUGGAGCGAAGCAUCGACCUCAAAGGCUAAAGCGCACCGACGCUCGGCCAGGGAAGAGCUGUCCCCGCGGAGUGAGGACGUCAAGAAUGCCGUUCACGAGAGUGAGCAAAUCGUUCACGCAAAUUCCUCGCAUCACUUCGAUGAGGUCAUGGCAGACAUGGUGGAGGCUCGUCCCCCGUUAGCUGUGAGGAGAUCAGCAUCCCAUCUGCUGCUAGAAGGCAUCAAUCUGAAUAUGAGAAGCCCCUCUCUGAGGGUCACCAAGAUUCGUGACCUGCUUCGACUGGUGAUAAACGAAUCGCUCCAUGUCGGCGGCCGACCUGAUUUUAGUCUGAGCGAGGCUACGGAGCUAGGAGAGAGAAUCGAGGUUCGGACCCGAUCGUCCAACGGGGAAAUUUUCUGCAAGACUAUCGUGUGGAGCGUCGAUGAAGCGCUACCGGAAACUUUGCUGGUGGAUGACAAAGACCUGGCAAAGUUGAUCUCGUGCGUCUUUCUAAACGCAGUGAAGUUCACAAAUAGUGGUAUGAUUACAGUCAGCGCAAAGGUUGGUUCCAAUAUCGGUGAAGUCUUUAUCACUGUGCGAGAUACUGGACCAGGUAUACCGGAGGCAUUUUUGCCCAAGCUCUUUCAACCUUUUGCCAGAGGAGAUGCGUCAAUCACUCGGAGCAAGGACGGCCUUGGUCUUGGACUUCUGGUCGCUAAGGGUCUUGCUAGGAAGAUGGGUGGUGACUUGAUCUGCGUUCGCUCGUCUACCUCUGGGCCCGAUCAUGGCUCGGAAUUCGAAAUUAGUAUCCCUGUCACUCAAUCCAAGUCAAGCAACAAGCCGGUAGCUUGCAUGACAAGUAGUUUGACUCCUGACGGCAGCGGUUCUUCACGAUUGGGUACGACGAGUACCUCGAGCAAUUCCCGCCUCGAACAGUCCAUGCUAUCACCCUUGAUCCGCCGGCCGAGCCCGCCGAUUCAACAGCCAUCCCCAAGCUUGACCGAAGAAAUUUCGUCUCAGACAUCCACUCCCGUUCGCUCCGUCUCCACCGCAAAAUUUAUCCGCCCUUCAAUCAACAGGGAUGCGUAUGAUGAGAAGCUCGGACAGAAGCACCCGCUCACCUUCCUGGUAGCUGAAGACAACAUGAUAAAUCGACGGGUUCUGGUGAACAUGCUCAAACGGCUUGGGUACCAGGAUAUUUAUGAAGCCUGUAACGGAAAGGAAGCCGUGCGUAUCAUGCAGGAUGUUUUGGCAGCGCAGAAACCCAAAGCUUCGAGUCGGCUCUCCGACUGUGAUCAGUUGGGAGAUUGCGGAUGUAAGCGCAUGAAACCAGUCGACGUCGUUCUGAUGGACCUCUGGAUGCCGGAAAUGGACGGUUAUGAGGCAACGUCGAAGAUCCUCAGACUGGUAGAUGAUUACCAGCGCCGCACCCUUCAGGAACAACCGAGAUCUCAAGCCAAUAAUUUACUGCUGCCGCUCCCCACAGUGCUUGCCGUCAGUGCAGAUGUAACCGAUGAGGCUCUCGGACGUGCCUCCAAAGUCGGCAUCAAAGGCUACAUGACCAAGCCUUAUAAGCUGUCAGAUCUGGAACGAUUGAUCGUUGAGUUCUGCGGCGAGGCGACGAGUCCAAAUCUUGACCGGAUGAACAUAUAA